AUGUCGCUGCCCCCAAGAACCAUCAAAUGUGUCCUGAUUGGGGAUGACAAUGCCGGAAAGACGAGCCUCAUGCACACGUACGCCUCGGGUCGCCGGCCGUCGCCGUCCUCCUCCUGCCUGGAGGGCCUGUCCAAGAUGGUGCACGUGACGGCCCACCACCUGAACGCCACCUACGAGCUGCAGCUGUUUGACACGCUGUCGGGCGCCGGCCAGCUGCGCUCUCGGCUCACGGCCUACUCGGCCUACCGGGACACCGACUGCGCGCUGCUCUGCGCCGACCUCACCGAGCCGUCCAGCUGGCGCAGGCUCGAGGCCGACUGGAAGGCCGAGCUGGACACCCAUCUGGCCGGCGUGCCGCUCGUCGUGGCCGGCACCAAGGCGGAGGCGCGCGACGCCAUCGAGUCCAGCGACGCCGGCGCCGGCGAGGCGAUGGGCUCCGAGCGCGGCCGGCGCGUGGCGGCGCGACUCGGAGCGGCCGCCUACCGCGAGUGUAGCACCGUCACCGGCGACGGUGUGGCGGCUGUGUUUGCCGACGUGCUGGAGGCGGCGCUGCACCCUCAGCGCCGCCUGCCCACCCGGCCGCUGAGUGUGCGCGACCUCUGGGACAAGUUCACGGCUCGAUAG